AUCUAUCUCGAGCCAUCUCUCAGCCUCUGGACAUUCCGUAUGACGUAGAACCGGUCAUUGAUGUCUUGCCCGCUCAGAGGCAGAGAAUCAGGUCUCGGAAAGGCAAGGGAGUUGCCUCCGAGAAUGUCUUGGGAAACCUUCCGCUGCCAGAAUGGAACCCUAGUUUCUCCCCAGGGCAAGGAGUGGAACCAGCGAGGUUCCCCUUCCUAUCGACUUUUUUGCCGACCUCCCUCCCGGUUUUACUACUCAUAAGUCGCUGGACGAAGAGCCGAGGAGGAAAGUAGUCGCCGAAGGCUCCAGCUUAAUCAACGAGGGGAUGAGGGUGUUCAAUGCGGCGCUCGACGGAAGUUUCCGGGAGUCGCGUAUCUCUCACUUCAAAGCCGAGGAGGCUGAAAGAGAACUCUUUCGGUUUCGGAAGGAGGUCGAAGAACAGAGCCGGAGACAGGCUGAGCUCCAUUCUCGGGCCCUUGUCCGUGCGGAGAGGAGAGGAAUGAGAGCGAUUGUCACCGAAAUGAGGCGGAGUGCUGCUUUGUUUGCCACCGAAUUCGAGAGCUUUAAAGAUGCUCAAGAAUUCGUGGGCGAUUUUCGCGAGUGUCGUGGAUCAGUUGCUACCCUCUACAAGUCGCAGAACGAGAACUUCUCUUUUCCUGCCGAGGUCGCUGAGAUGUCGGGUCUUAUGAACGGGUGUGCCCAUGCCGAAUCUUUGGUUCCUCCGAUCGAAGGAAGGGUCCGACAGCUUUGGGAUUCCAUCGAGGUCUCGGAGGACACGGCGGAAGCGGAAACCGGUGUCGGUGAUGAAGGAGCCGGAGUCGCGGACGGAGAGGUGGAUCUGCCCGUGAGCUCGUUCGGGAUCUCCAUGUCCAGGUUCCUCGACUUCGAGCUUUGAGGAUUGUUGGAAUUAUUUCCCUUAGUUUUAUUUCGAGGUUUAAUGUAUCUAGGCUGAGUGUGGCCGUAUUUGAUUUAUGUGUGUUAUGUCCUUGCGAGGCUAUGUGAACUAUGUGUUUGGGACCGGCCGUUUGGUGGCUUUGGGUCCUAGCCGUUUUUUUUGCGGCUUCUAUAUAUAUGAUGAAUGAUUGACAUUC